AUAUGUGUCUAAUUGAUAGGGUAGGCCAAGUAACAACAUACACCCAAAAAAAAAAAAAUAAAAAAAAAAAUAAAAAAAUCGUGGAGAUUAAAAAAGCUAAACCAAUCGACUUCUUGAUUAGUUUGAUGAUUUUAUUAAUCUUAUCGGUUAAAACCGACCGGCGAUCGAGGGUUUGGCUUGCCGAGAAGGAAGAAAAAAAAACCCUAAGAUUUAUUUCUACUCUUCACUCCAUUAUCGACUUCUCAUCAUUUCUCUACCCAUUGUACUUCUCUGCUCUUGGGUUGUCAUCAAUUCGCGAAUUUGAUACACGCACACCCUAAAGAGAGAUCCACGCUCGUUUCAAGGGGUUCACAGAUGCCACAACCACCGAUGAUGCGGCAGUCGUCAGCUUCUUCCACUAACAUCAAUCCCGACUACCACCACCCAUCUGGCCCCUUCGACCCCAAUGUAGACAGUUUUGGGGCGAAACGAAUGAGAAAGCAUACACAGAGAAGAGCUGUUGAUUACACCAGCACCGUUGUUAGAUAUAUUCAGGCUCGAACAUGGCAGCGAGACUCAAGGGAUAGGACCACUCUGCAACCAACCCCAGCUGCAGCAGUUGAUAUGCUUCCCACAGUUGCCUAUUCGGAUAAUCCUUCAACAAGCUUUGCUGCAAAGUUUGUUCACGCAUCUCUAAACAAGAACCGUUGUUCAAUCAACCGUGUAUUGUGGACACCUUCAGGAAGACGUCUUAUCACGGGCUCCCAAAGUGGGGAGUUUACUCUUUGGAAUGGGCAAUCUUUUAAUUUUGAAAUGAUUCUUCAGGCACAUGAUCAACCUAUUAGGUCGAUGGUAUGGAGCCACAAUGAAAAUUAUAUGGUUUCUGGUGAUGAUGGAGGCACAUUAAAGUAUUGGCAGAACAAUAUGAACAAUGUGAAAGCCAAUAAAACUGCUCACAAGGAAUCAAUUCGCGAUUUAAGUUUUUGUAAAACAGAUUUGAAGUUCUGUUCGUGUUCUGAUGAUACGACUGUUAAAGUCUGGGAUUUUACCAAGUGCGUAGAUGAAAGCUCAUUAACCGGCCAUGGUUGGGAUGUCAAGAGCGUUGACUGGCACCCCACAAAGUCCCUACUAGUUUCUGGUGGAAAAGACCAACUUGUCAAACUCUGGGAUACUAGAUCUGGGAGAGAGCUUUGCUCACUCCAUGGUCACAAAAACAUAGUACUUAGCGUGAAGUGGAACCAAAAUGGCAAUUGGCUUUUAACGGCCUCGAAAGAUCAGAUAAUUAAGCUGUAUGAUAUAAGGACUAUGAAGGAGCUUCAAUCCUUUCGUGGGCACACGAAAGAUGUAACAUCUUUGGCGUGGCAUCCCUGCCAUGAAGAAUAUUUUGUCAGUGGGAGCUCUGACGGCUCCAUUUGUCAUUGGAUUGUGGGGCAUGAAAACCCGCAGAUUGAAAUCCCAAAUGCUCAUGAUAACAGUGUUUGGGAUCUUGCAUGGCAUCCUAUUGGAUAUCUUCUUUGCAGUGGUAGCAAUGAUCACACAACCAAGUUUUGGUGCAGAAACAGGCCUGCAGAUAAUCCCCGAGAUGUUCUUAUGCAGAACCAAGGCUAUAAUGAACAAGGUUUUGGUCGCCAACCUGAUAAUUUCCAACCAUCUGAGGCAUCGCCAAUCCCUGGAGCAUUUGUGCCUGGGUUGACACGGAACGAGGGGACUAUCCCAGGAAUAGGAAUAGCAAUGCCAUUUGAUGCAUCCUCUCAAGGGGAUCAUAAACAGCCUCUUCCAGGUUCCAUGGCACUGGGGGCUCCUCCUUUGCCACCUGGUCCCCACCCAUCGCUUCUUGGAAGUGGCCAGCAGCAAGGGUAUCAGCAACAACAACAACACCAAGGUCAUCCCCAGCAAAUGCUUCCAAUGCCCAAUAUGCCUCACCAUCAGCUACCACCAUCAUCUCAUAUGCCAUUGCACCCUCAUCAUCUUCCCCGGCCUAUGCAAAUGCCUCCUCACGGUCACAUGCCACCUCCCUCAAUGCCUAUGUCUCAUCAGAUGCCUGGAUCAAUGGGAAUGCAAGGUGGCAUGAAUCCUCAGAUGUCGCAAAGUCAUUUUAUGGGUGCUCCUUCAGGAGUAUUUCAAGGACAACCAAACAGUGGCGGACCCCAAAUGUAUCCCCAAGGACGUGGUGGUUUCAACCGUCCACAGAUGAUUCCAGGCUACAACAACCCUUUCCAACAGGUCCCAUUUAAACACUAGUCUUUUGUUAUUUAGUAUACCCGUAAAGGUUUCACAUGUAUAUAUGUGCAAAUAGGCAAAAUGUCUACACAACAAUGCAAAACACCUGAUACGAUUGAACCACAAUACAACUUUCUCAGCUAGUUUUAAACUCACUAGCUAGGUUCAAUGCAGCAGCAGCCACCUUUACCUCCUGGCCCUCCACCAAACAACAAUCAGCAACAUCAGUAGGCAGCCGUUGUAUUAGUACAUUAGUUUACAACCGCACUGUCUGCGGGAUAAAACGAUUGAAGUAAAACUAUUAUAUGGGAUUCAAAUUUCGUUUCUAUAAAACAAAACAUAAAAAAAAAAGGUUUUUGUUCUGUUCCAAUAUGCAAAUAAUUUGUAUUAGAAUUUUUUGCACCCGUAAAAUAUUUGAGCAUAGUAACAACUUCCAUGUGGAGAAAGUAUUGAUGAAAUACUAUGAUUUAUG